CGCCCCCGGCCUCGCGAGGCGGAGUCCGGGCGGCCCGCUCCCUAGCGAGGAGGCGCCGUCGGCGGCCUGGCCUGUGACGGAAAUAAAUAGAGAAACAGAUAUAUUUAUUGGUACUAUUUUGUUUGGUGGCAAAAAGGGAAAAUGGCGAACGACUCCCCUGCAAAAAGUCUGGUGGACAUCGACCUCUCCUCCCUGCGGGAUCCUGCUGGGAUUUUUGAGCUGGUGGAAGUGGUUGGAAAUGGCACCUAUGGACAAGUCUAUAAGGGUCGACAUGUUAAAACUGGUCAGCUGGCGGCCAUCAAAGUUAUGGAUGUCACUGAGGAUGAAGAGGAAGAAAUCAAACUGGAGAUAAAUAUGCUGAAGAAAUAUUCUCAUCAUAGAAAUAUUGCAACAUAUUACGGUGCUUUCAUUAAGAAGAGCCCUCCAGGACAUGAUGACCAGCUCUGGCUUGUUAUGGAGUUCUGCGGGGCUGGGUCCAUUACAGACCUUGUGAAGAACACCAAAGGGAACACACUCAAGGAAGACUGGAUAGCUUACAUCUCCAGAGAAAUCCUGAGGGGACUGGCACAUCUUCAUAUCCAUCACGUGAUUCACCGGGACAUCAAGGGCCAGAAUGUAUUGUUGACUGAGAAUGCAGAGGUGAAACUUGUUGAUUUCGGUGUGAGUGCUCAGCUGGACCGGACAGUUGGGAGGAGAAAUACAUUCAUAGGCACCCCCUACUGGAUGGCUCCUGAGGUCAUUGCCUGUGAUGAGAACCCAGAUGCCACCUACGAUUACAGAAGUGACCUUUGGUCUUGUGGCAUUACAGCCAUUGAAAUGGCAGAAGGUGCUCCCCCUCUCUGUGACAUGCAUCCAAUGAGAGCACUGUUUCUCAUUCCCAGAAACCCUCCUCCCAGGCUGAAGUCAAAAAAAUGGUCAAAGAAAUUUUUUAGUUUUAUAGAAGGGUGCCUGGUGAAGAAUUACAUGCAGCGGCCCUCCACCGAGCAGCUUUUGAAACAUCCUUUUAUAAGGGAUCAGCCAAAUGAAAGGCAAGUUAGAAUCCAGCUUAAGGACCACAUAGACCGGACCAGAAAGAAGAGAGGAGAGAAAGAUGAAACCGAAUAUGAGUACAGCGGGAGUGAGGAAGAAGAGGAAGAAGUGCCUGAGCAGGAAGGAGAGCCAAGCUCCAUUGUCAACGUGCCUGGUGAGUCGACGCUUCGUCGGGAUUUCUUGAGACUGCAACAGGAGAACAAGGAACGUUCUGAGGCUCUUCGGAGACAGCAGCUACUGCAGGAGCAACAGCUCCGGGAGCAAGAAGAAUAUAAAAGGCAGCUGCUGGCAGAGAGGCAGAAACGGAUUGAGCAGCAGAAAGAACAGAGGCGGAGGCUGGAAGAGCAACAAAGGAGAGAACGUGAAGCUAGAAGGCAGCAAGAACGUGAACAGCGAAGGAGAGAACAAGAAGAGAAGAGGCGUCUGGAGGAACUGGAAAGAAGACGUAAAGAAGAAGAAGAGAGGAGACGGGCAGAGGAAGAAAAGAGGAGAGUUGAAAGAGAACAGGAGUAUAUCAGGCGACAGCUAGAAGAGGAGCAGCGGCACUUGGAAAUCCUUCAGCAGCAGCUGCUCCAGGAGCAGGCCAUGUUACUGGAGUGCCGAUGGCGGGAGAUGGAGGAGCACCGGCAGGCAGAGAGGCUCCAGAGGCAGUUGCAACAAGAACAAGCAUAUCUCCUGUCUCUACAGCAUGACCACAGGAGGCCGCACCCGCAGCAGCAGCAGCCACCGCAGCAGGAAAGGAGCAAGCCAAGCUAUCACGCUCCAGAGCCUAAGCCCCACUAUGAGCCCACUGACAGAACCCGAGAGGUGGAAGAUAGAUUUAGGAAAACUAACCACAGCUCCCCUGAAGCCCAGUCUAAGCAGACAGGCAGAGUAUUGGAGCCACCAGUGCCUUCCAGAUCAGAGUCUUUUUCCAAUGGCAACUCCGAGUCUGUGCAUCCUGCCCUGCAGAGACCAGCUGAGCCACAGGUACAGUGGUCCCACCUGGCAUCUCUCAAGAACAAUGUUUCCCCUGUCUCGCGAUCCCAUUCCUUCAGUGACCCUUCUCCUCCCAAAUUUGCACACCACCAUCUUCGCUCUCAGGACCCAUGUCCACCUUCCCGCAGUGAGGUGCUAAGUCAGAGUUCUGACUCUAAGUCGGAGGUACCUGACCCCACCCAAAAGGCUUGGUCUAGAUCAGACAGUGACGAGGUGCCUCCAAGGGUUCCUGUGAGGACAACAUCUCGUUCCCCUGUUCUGUCGCGUCGGGAUUCCCCACUGCAAGGCAGUGGACAGCAAAAUAGCCAAGCAGGUCAAAGAAACUCCACCAGCAGUAUUGAGCCCAGGCUGCUGUGGGAGAGAGUGGAGAAGCUGGUGCCCAGGCCCGGCAGUGGCAGCUCCUCGGGGUCCAGCAACUCAGGAUCCCAGCCUGGGUCCCACCCUGGGUCUCAGAGCGGCUCUGGGGAGCGCUUCAGAGUGAGAUCGUCAUCCAAAUCUGAAGGCUCUCCAUCUCAGCGCCUCGAAAAUGCAGUGAAAAAAUCUGAAGAUAAAAAGGAAGUUUUUAGACCUCUCAAGCCUGCUGAUUUGACUGCACUGGCCAAAGAACUUCGAGCAGUGGAAGAUGUGCGACCGCCACACAAAGUGACAGACUACUCCUCAUCCAGUGAAGAGUCAGGGACAACAGAUGAAGAAGAUGAUGAUGUAGAACAAGAAGGAGCCGAGGAACCCACCUCUGGACCCGAGGACACCAGAGCAGCGUCAUCUCUGAAUUUGAGCAAUGGUGAAACAGAAUCCGUGAAAACCAUGAUUGUCCAUGAUGAUGUAGAAAGUGAACCAGCCAUGACUCCAUCCAAGGAGGGCACUCUAAUCGUCCGCCAGAGUACAGUUGACCAAAAGCGCGCCAGCCAUCAUGAGAGCAAUGGCUUUGCCGGUCGCAUUCACCUCUUGCCAGAUCUCUUACAGCAAAGCCAUUCCUCCUCCACUUCCUCCACCUCUUCCUCCCCAUCCUCCAGCCAGCCGACACCCACCAUGUCCCCACAGACACCCCAGGACAAGCUCACUACUAAUGAGACUCAGUCCGCUAGUAGCACACUCCAGAAACACAAAUCUUCCUCCUCCUUUACACCUUUUAUAGACCCCAGAUUACUACAGAUUUCUCCAUCUAGUGGGACAACAGUGACUUCUGUGGUGGGAUUUUCCUGUGAUGGAAUGAGACCAGAAGCCAUAAGGCAAGAUCCUACCCGGAAGGGCUCAGUGGUCAAUGUGAAUCCCACCAACACUAGGCCACAGAGUGACACCCCAGAGAUUCGUAAAUAUAAGAAGAGAUUUAACUCCGAGAUUCUGUGUGCUGCCUUAUGGGGAGUGAAUUUGUUAGUGGGUACAGAGAGUGGCCUGAUGCUGCUGGACAGAAGUGGCCAAGGGAAGGUAUAUCCUCUGAUCAACAGAAGACGAUUUCAGCAAAUGGAUGUCCUUGAAGGCUUGAAUGUCUUGGUGACAAUAUCUGGCAAAAAAGAUAAGUUACGUGUCUACUAUUUGUCUUGGUUACGAAAUAAAAUACUUCACAAUGAUCCAGAAGUUGAGAAGAAGCAGGGAUGGACAACCGUGGGGGAUUUGGAAGGAUGUGUACACUAUAAAGUUGUAAAAUAUGAAAGAAUCAAAUUUCUGGUAAUUGCUUUGAAGAGUUCUGUGGAGGUCUAUGCGUGGGCACCCAAGCCAUAUCACAAAUUUAUGGCCUUUAAGUCAUUUGGAGAAUUGGUACAUAAGCCAUUACUGGUGGAUCUCACUGUUGAGGAAGGCCAGAGGUUGAAAGUGAUCUAUGGAUCCUGUGCUGGAUUUCAUGCUGUUGAUGUGGAUUCAGGAUCAGUCUAUGACAUUUAUCUACCAACACACGUAAGAAAGAACCCACACUCUAUGAUCCAGUGUAGCAUCAAACCCCAUGCAAUCAUCAUCCUCCCCAACACAGAUGGCAUGGAGCUUCUGGUGUGCUAUGAAGAUGAAGGGGUUUAUGUGAAUACCUAUGGAAGAAUCACCAAGGAUGUGGUUCUGCAGUGGGGAGAGAUGCCAACAUCUGUAGCAUAUAUUCGAUCGAAUCAGACGAUGGGCUGGGGAGAAAAGGCCAUAGAGAUCCGAUCUGUGGAAACUGGUCACUUGGAUGGUGUGUUUAUGCACAAAAGGGCUCAAAGACUAAAAUUCUUAUGUGAACGCAAUGACAAGGUCUUCUUCGCCUCCGUUCGGUCUGGUGGCAGCAGUCAGGUUUAUUUCAUGACAUUAGGCAGGACUUCCCUUCUGAGCUGGUAGAAGCAUUGUGAUGAGGAUUGCUGGCCCCCAGAGUCUUCAAUGAGAUCCUGAGAACUUGGAAUUCCUUGCAACUGGAGCUCAGAGCUGCACCGGUGUAGUCCAGGACAGCUGUGUAUGCAGACACCACGUGUGGGGUGUUUCGUUUCGUUUCAUUUCCUUUCUGCACCUCUUACCAGUUUAUCCCCCUUCUCUUCUUUCCCCUACUCAAAAAUAAAUCAAGGCUGCAAUGCAGCUGGUGCUGUUCACAUUCUACCAUCAGGUGCUAUAAGUGUUUGGGAUCGAGCAUCAGACCAGAAAGCAAAUGCCUUUCCUUCAGCUCCAGAAUUCCUUGUCUCUGAGUGACUCUGUCUUAUGGGUAUCUGAAAGUGGAGACUAUGAACAUGCCAUUGGUUUGGAAGUGGGCACAUGGAGGUGUAAAAUGGUGGUCUCAUGAGCGGUUUGCUGAAGCAGAAAGCAGAUUUAAUAUAGUAACAUUAACAGUGUAUUUAAUUGACAUUUCUUUUUUGUAAUGUGACAAUAUGUGGUCAAAGAAGAAGGUGCAGGUUUAAGAAGUUAAUAUUUAUAAAAUGUGAAAGACACAGUUACUAGGAUAACUUUUUUGUGGGUGGGGCUUGGGAGGCAGGGUGGGGUGGGUUAAGGGGGUCCCAUUUUAUUUGGAUUUUUUUUUUUUUUUUUUUUUUUGGCUUGGCCAAAAACUCCGUCAUUUUUCUGUGUACCAGGUUUUGCCUAAAUCAUGUGCAGAUGGUUCUUAAAAAAAAAAAAAAAAAAAGGAAAAAAAAAAAAAGGAAAAAGAAAAUGUGUGCAUUUGUAUAAUGGCCAGAACUUUGUUGUGUGACAGUAUUAGCACUGCCUCAGCCUAAAGGUUUAAUUUUUGUUUAAACCUAGAAGCACGACAAGUUUUACCACAGUCUGCACUUGCAGAGGAAAAGAAAUUGUUUCAGCCACAUGUUUAUUUUUUUGCCUACCUCAUUGUUUGUAAUGCAUUAAGAGGUGGUUUAGUUUAUAUGUUUUUGGAGGAAAACAUUAAUGUUUAAUUUAAUCUUAAUACCAAAACUAUCAGAUUGAAGUUUGACUGUUAUUUUGUCACAGGUCUCAGUAGGCACAAGAGAAAUUGUCCCUGAAGAUGGGAAAUAGCCACAUGGUUUCAUCAUGCUGAUGGAUGCAGUCUGUUUUUCUAAGUUCAGAGAGCAGAAUGCUUCGUUUUCACCAGAUGCACCAUUAGUGGUUGAUGGGCAACUAUGGCCUCUAACACAAGGGGCCUCACUGUUCUCAAUUUGGGGUUUGGUGGCAGACAGGCGGUCAUGUUAGAAUAGUCACACAAACUGUUCAGUGUUGCAGGAACCUUUUCUUGGCAGGGGGUGGGGGGGUGGAGUUUCCCUUUUCUAAAAAUGCAAUGCACUAAAACUAUUUUAAGAAUGUAGUUAAUACUGCUUAUUCAUAAGAUGGCAUCUUCCUGUGUUUUAGGUGUAAUAUCCAAGCCCUGGCUUUUCUCCUCCUCUCACUUGCUCUCUUGUUCUCUCUCUGUUUUUUAAACCAAUUUUACUUUAUGAAUAUGUUCAUGACAUUUGUAAUAAAUGUCUUGGGUAAUAAUUUGUUUCAUGGCUUCAUGGUCACUCAAUUCCUCUGAGACUAUUAAUCUCUUGGUAAAGGAGCAAUGCUCAUGGCUGUGCCAUCUUAGUUUCCUCUUGUUGAGUUUCGAGUGGGAAUAUUGUGUGAUGGCUACUUUAAACUUUGUUUACCAAACAGAACUUGGCAUUUCAUAGGUUUAAUACUCCUUUGUGAUUAAGUUUCUUUUAUAACAUGAAAAAGGAAGAUUUUCCUCCCAAAAAUAUAACAAUCAUUUGCACCUAUUUGUUAAGGCUUUGCCCAGCAUUCUCAUCCUAUUUGGCAUCCAGUUUGACCCCUGUUAUUCUGUUCCUCCCGGUCAGCAUCUCUGCCGAAGGCUCUCCUUUGAAUCAUAAAAACCUAGUGAACAAUCUGUAUACUCACAGAUGCAGAAACAGCAGCUGGUUGUACAUAGCCACAAUGACAGAUAAGUAAGCGAGCCUUAGUCUGUUUUGAAAAGGACAAGGCAUUAGAAAUGGCUUUUCCAUCUAUGUGACUUUGGAAUGAUGCUGAUGUCCAAAGCAGAAAGGACUAGUUCUUUUCUACGGAUUCAUAGUUAACACAGAGAAGAUUGAAAAGUUAAUCCCACCUUUGGAAAGGACUUUUGAGAUGGGCCAGAUGCCAUCACCACAGAAUUUCAAUCAAAAUCAAAUUACCGCUGGUGAUUUCCUACAUGUUUUAGUUUUUUUGGGUAAGAUAAAACGUGCCACAGUGAACACGUGUGCAUGCCGAGAG